AUGCAAGUGUUAUUGUAUAUAAUAAUCACUGCCUUAUUUAUUUUAAUGCCUAAUUUUUUUCAAAAUAAUUAUAUAAAAUAUAUUUCAAUUAAUCAUAAAAUUUUAGCACAAUAA